CCCCACUACGCAGGCGCAGGCGCAGGUGCGUGUCGUUUGAAAGUAUGGCGCUUGUGGGCCCGCGGCUGGUGCUGUGUGAGGAGAAGAUCCGGGAGAAGAGCGGCCUGGCGCCUCACCACGAUCUGGCUGAACUUCAGUCAUUAUCUAUUCCUGGAACUUACCAAGAAAAGAUUACUCACCUGGGAACUUCUUUGAUGAAUUUAACAGGUCUAAAAUCUUUAGACCUCUCACGCAACUCCUUAGUGAGUCUAGAGGGCAUUCAGUACCUGACCUCACUGGAAAGUCUCAAUCUCUACUACAACAGCAUCUCCUCCUUAGCAGAAGUGCUUCAGCUCCACUCCUUGACGGAACUCACGGAUGUGGACUUCCGGCUGAACCCUGUGGUGAAAAAUGAAUCUGAUUACCGCCUUUUUGUUGUGCACAUGCUCCCGAAGCUCAGGCAGCUGGGUAAGCGCCACAGCUGUGCUCACAUCCUUGCUCAUGGGAGCACUCGUCGCUGUUUUGUGCUCUCUGCUCCUCUAGUUGAGUCCCUGUGUCUCAUAGGAGGAGCACUGCUGGGGAGGAGGGCAGGGAGCUCUGGCCACAGACAUCUGCCGAGGAAGGCCAGGAGCACAGAUGACCGUCCUGUGAGAGAGAGCGAGCGGAAAGCAUCCCGGCUGCAUUUUGCAUCAGAGGAGUCACUCGCCUCAAAGCAGAGCUUCCCAGCUGUUUUCAGAGUUGGAAGACCGUGCCACUCUAGGGCCCUGUGCACUGACCCCUCGGCCAAGAAGUGCUUGGUCAUGGAUGCAGAUGACGAGGCGGUCCUGAACCUCAUUGCUGAGUGCGAGUGGGACUUGAGCAACCCUCCUGGGAGCACAAGUUCCAGCCAGAGGGAGCGAGAGGCCGACCUCCACGGUUCCCAAGAAUCCAGACAUCUGUUGAGUCCUCAGUCAGUACAGCACCAGUGUGGGGAUUCCAUAAAGAAGAGCCAUGAGAAGAGGAAAGGCAGCUCUCGAGGGUGUGGUCCAGAAAAGAGGCUUCAGAACCAGUACUGUGGGGAGCUACCCCCACAGUGUGGACAGCAUGUGCACUUUACCCCACACCCAGAUUCCACAGACAUUGAGGACUCGGCCCUUUCUCAGAAGUCAAGUUUGUCAGCACAAAAGGUGUUAAAUCCGUUGCCUGCUCCUGAAAAGUACAGGAAGCGAAGAAUGCCUGGCGGGAGAUUCCAGGCACCUGCAGACCAGGAGUGUCUGAGACGCCUGGAGAGGCCCAACGUAUCCUCGAGCCCCGAGGAGACUCUGAGCAGGCAGAGUGGCUCGGAGGGCAGGAGUGAAAGGACCUUGUCUCGCUCCGAGGUAUCGGAGCCUGCGGAGGAGGGGCCCCACAGCAGGAGUGGCACUGGAGAGGUAGCUCCCACACUGUACUCGGCUGUGUCGCCUGUGAGGAAGGCUGCGCUGGAGGUGGCACUUCUGGAGGCGCUCCUUGACCUGGUGGACCGGUACUGGAGCGGCUGCAAGUCCCUGCAUGGCAAUGAGGUGUUCUGGGCUCAGGCAAGACACAUUUUGUCCUCUGUGCAAGAAUUUACUACAACUCAGGAUAGUUCAACAAGUGUGAGUGAAGAAAUUAGCUACCUUACUCUGGAAAAUAAGUCUCUGCAGAAGCACCUCGCUGAACAGCAGCAGGAGUACCGUGUGAAGAUGAGUGAGGCGGUGUCGGAACUCAGCGACAUGCGGAAGGAGAUGUUUCACGGAAGAUCCCCAAUAGCCAAACCUGUCUUGAAAAAAAAAAGUUGGAGGCAUCACACUCCCUGAUUUCAAAUUCUAUUAUGAAGGAAGCUAUAAUAAUCAAAACAGUAUGGUAUUGACAUAAAAACAGAUACAUAGAUCAAUGGAACAGAAUAGAGACCCCAGAAAUAACCCCAUACAUAAAUGGUCAUUCUGUCCCAAGAAUGCACAAUGAGGAAAGGACAGUCUCUUCGAUAAAGGUGCUGGGAAGACUGGACCCUUAACGCCAUACAUAGAAGUCAACUCAAAAUGGAUUCAAGAUUUUUGAAUGUUAAGACUUGAAACUAUAGAACUUCUAGGAAAAAAACAGAAAAUCCUCCUUGAUAGAGUCUUGGUGAUGAUUUUUUUAAUUUGACACCAAAAGUGCAGGUAACAAAAGCAAAAAUGUUUUAACAAGUGGGACGACAUCAAACUAAGAAGCUUCUGCACAGCAAUGGAAGCCGCCACCUAAAUGAAAAGGCAGCCUGUGGGUUGGGAGAAAGUGGUUGCCAGGGGCGGGGAGGUGUUGGUAAGGGGGCCACACCAUGGCUGUGGAGGACGGACUGGGUCCAGGACCAUAGCUGCUCAUGCUGUAGUGGGUCUGCAAGUUUGCUGUGAAAGUAGCUUUGUUCUCCACACCAAGAGAAAACGUUCGCUCUGUGCGAGGAGGGACAUUCAUCCGCUUGACUGGGCUGAGUUCACGGUGUCUGCACGCCGCCGGGCACUCGCCUCGACCAUAACGGCUUUCCUUCACGGUGUCUGUCAUGCCUUCAGCCAGUGGACGUUUUGUUUACCUUGCUAAUCAUCAUGGCUGAGUUUGUGUGGGAUCUGUUCAGGGGCUCCUCUUUUAAAAAGUCAGUACUGACCGCUUGUGUCCCAUGGGCUGGGACAUUGCGUUCGGCUUGGUCUGAGCAAGUCAUGUAAGGCUUGGGGUGUGUGUGCGUGUGUGAGUGUGUGCGUCAUUGCUGCCCAGCACGUUACCCCGGAGUGCAGCCCCUUCACCAGCAGCACGUAUACCCACAGCUUGUGUAGGUCGGGAGUCCCAGUGCAGCUGAGCUGUGCAUCUGACUCAGGGUCUUGCUGUCAUGUUGCCGAGGGGGCCAUGGUCCCCUUUGGAGGCUUGAUGGAGGUGGGCACACAGGCAGCCGUGGCUCUGCGCACGUGGGCCUCUCUUUAGGCUGCCAGCUGUUGGUCAAAGCCAGAGAGUGCCCGAGUAGAAGGCCGUCCUUCGUUACCUGCUCUUGAGAGGGACGUGUCAUCGCUUGUGCAUGGUAUGUUGGUUAGGAUCCAGUCAGCAGGCCCACCCACGUGAGGGGAGGACACCACAUGAUGGCAGGAGCACCCUUGGGCCAUCUUGGGAGCUGCCUGCCCCAACCUCUCUAUCGGCUGUGUUAUUCGUAAGGUGGGAAUGUGAGUAGCCACAGGAUUGUUGCAAGACGGAUCUCUGGACCAUCUGAGAUUGUAUUUUAUGAGAACCUGCCAUCUUAGAGAUGCCUGACAAAGCUUUACUUUUACAGAAAAAGACGAAAAAUAAAAAUAAUGAAAUGAUAUUGGCAGCCUCCUCUGGUCUUAAGAUACACCAUAGACAUGCAUGCACAUAAGUGGUGGGUAUAUCUGGGAAGAAGUGGAGCCCCGUGAGCCUGCACUGUAAUCACUGUGCAGAACGUCAUUUUUGUGGGACGGUGUUGACCCCGUGGGACACAGCAUGGCCUGUUAACCAUGAAAACAGAGGACCACGGCUUUGGGGUUUGAUGCCGAUGUGUGGGUUACCCCCUGUUCCCCUACGCUGCUGAGUUUGGGACCAGUGGAAUCCAGGCAGACAGGCCCUAGGUGUCUCUGAGUGAUGCAGUCUGACAUGGAAGACAUGCACAGAGGUGUGGCUCCUUCGCCUCUGACGACGGGCUGACUGACCCUGUCCUACAGGCCCUGCCUGGACGAGUGAUCCAGAACCCUUGGGCUGCCCCAGAGCCCUGCUCAGUACCCUUCUGAGAUCCACCCCAGUGACGCCGUCAGGAGCUACUUCUCACGGAAGGUGUCCCUUGUUUCUGAAGGGUCCGUUGCUGAUCCUGCUUUCCUCCCCGUUGUGAAGACAUCGGUUCUGCGGUCGUGUCUCCUCAGGUCCUGAUGCCCAGGAAACUGGCCUCAGUGGAGGCCUUGCUCCCAAACCUUUCCAGCGUGGCUCCCAGCAGCGGUGCUGUGCACGUUGGAGCGUGAUCGGUCCACUGCUCCUGCUCCAGCCUCCGCUGAGACCUUCAUCAGGACCAGGGCCCAGCCCCUGCCGUCUUGGAACUCACCACGUUUUGGGGAGACAAACGUGAGGCUCAGCUCACCAUGCAGCAGUUUCUGUGCUGCCUAGAGUGUGUGUGCACACAGAGGGGCCGGUGCACUGGGUGGGCUGUCAGCAGGGAGAAUGAGCUAGCAGUUUCUUGAAAGCAAGGGCCCCUGUCACCUUGAGACUGAGACGCUCACUCUCCUAGUGGGGGUGCGCCUGCUGGUUUCUGUGCAGGCAGGGAGGCCCCCUGCUCUGGGCAGCAGGUGGCUUUGAUGGCCCAGGUGCCACCAGCUUUCACAGUGGUCUCCAUGCCCUUCCCUCCUCUUCAGUGUUCAUGGCGUGCUGGGCUUUGCCGCCAUCUUGGAGGAUGGGAAAGGAGCCUACUCUGCAGCUCCCGCCUGUGAUGGGGAUGGCAGGUACGAGCCCAUGCGCUUGCACACCGAGGACAAGAACAGGAUGGGGCUCCUGCAGGGAGGUGCCUGCCUCGGGGAGCACAAAGCCCUGGGAUCUGCCUGUGCUUUUGCCCAAGAAGUGAGCCUAGAAGGACCACGUGGGGCUGGCAUGCUGCCUGGCUCUUGUUCCUGCUCCUUGAGAAGGGAUGGGCAGCCAGGCUGUGGUGACCACGGGGCCUUCCUGGAGGAGGCAGGGCUCCAGCAGCCAGCACAUCUCCCUCACCAGGGACACUGGGCACACAGUGUGCCCCCAUGUGACCUGUGCCGCCCCUCUGUCAGGACACUGUGCUACUCAGCUGGGGGCAACUGUGAUUUCUCUUGUUCACGUUGUGAUUUCUCAGUUACGAUACAUAAAGGAGAACUGAUGUCUGGUGAUCUCGAGAGAUUUC